AUUUACAGCAGAGGAGGAGGUACGGAGGCUUGGCGCUGGUUACGCUUCACAGUAGAUUUGCUUCUGAUCUUUAUCGGUGUAUUUGUGAAAAUGGUGCGUAUGUGUUCUUUUCCUGGAUGUGACAGCCGAGAGAAAGCUGUGAGAUUACGUCCGAAGGCAUUAUCGCAGGAGGACAGUCUAACUUUCCACAGAUUCCCAUUAAAUGAGCCAUCGAGAUUGAGGCAAUGGCUGCGUGUUCUUCAGAUUGAUUUCAGCACACCCGUUCAAACGAUCAAUUCAAUGAGGGUGUGCAGUAAGCAUUUUUCAAAAUCUGAUUUUAGAGUAUUAAAGGGAGGUUCACGGCGAUUUCUGAAGUCAACAGCUGUUCCUGCGCGAGCUGAGGGGGGUGAUCCAACUCAGUCCAGUCAAGACCUCGAGGCUGCAGACGACGAUGGAGACACGAAGAUUGUCCCCAGCACAACUAACUUUGGACAGUGUGAGAAAAAUAAGUCAAAAGUCAUUUUGAUGAUAAAAAGACCUGAAGAACUUGGACAACAGACGUACUAUGCCCGCCCUCCCAUGCACUCCUAUCAAUCGAAUAAACCAACACAGACUGAACAGCAAUCUGAAGAAAGUUUUGACCAAGAUGUCAAAAUGGUAGCUGUAGAUUCUUCAUCCGAUGAGAAGGAUCUCAGUUUUGCUCCUCUGAGUUCAACUCCAAGUCCAAUAACAGAGGAAGAGGACGAGGAAGAGGAAGAAUAUGUACAUAAGGAAGAACGUAAGUGGCUGGUCAACGAGUCCAGUUUGAUGGAGCUUUUCAGGAUCUGCCAUCAAUGCGGAGGACCAGUCACAGAAACAAAAACGUUAAACUCGGGGAGCCUCAUCUGUGUUCAAUGGGAAUGUUUAAAUGGACAUCAAGGGCUCUGGAGUUCAAGCCCUGAUGUUCAGGGAAUGCCUGCAAAUGACCUACUUGUGGCAGCGUGUACGGUGUUCACUGGAGCAACGUAUGCAGACAUUGCUGAUUGGGCUGCCUUGCUGAACCUUCAAGUGCCAGAGAAAACUGCUUUCUAUGCAAUCCAGUCAUCAUACCUCACCCCUGUCAUAGAUGCCACAUACAGAGAACAACAGGCAGAACUGCUAAACAUCUUGCGUAUGCAAAACGUACUACAAAAAGGAGUGCAUUUAUCAGGGGAUGGGAGAUCAGACAGUCCAGGAUUCUCUGCCAAAUACAACACAUACAGUUUAAUGGAUGAUACAACCGAUCAGAUAGUCCACUUCGAGUUGGUGCAGGUUGCAGAAGCAUCUAGCGCCGUUGCUAUGGAGCCCAUAGGUUUCAAGAGAGGUCUGAACAAACUUUUGGAUCAGGGAAUUAAAAUAGAGGUGAUGACUACAGACAGAUCCCCAUCCUUAAUGAAGAUUAUGCAGGUGGAUUAUCCGGAUAUUCACCACGAGUUUGACAUUUGGCAUGUUGUCAAGGCGUUCUUCAAAAAAUUGUUGUCGUUGUCAAGACAAAAGGGGAACCAAGAGGUCCAGCCCUGGAUCAAAUCAAUAUGCAACCAUUUGUGGUAUGCAUGUGCAACAUGUGGAGGUAACCCUGAUAUCUUGACCAAAAAGUGGAAGUUCCUCCUGCAUCACAUUUGUGGUGUACACAGCUGGAUGGAAGAUGGAAUACAGCACAAAUGUCUCCACAGUGAUCUCAGUCCUGACCAGCAGCGGCGAAAGAAAUGGCUUCGAAAAGAGUCCCGUGCCUUCCAGUCACUGUCGUCUCUUGUCUUGAAUGAAGGUUUCCUAAAGGACCUGAGGCAAAUGGCCCUUUUCAAGCAUACAAACAAGCUUGAGACAUUCCAUUCUGUGCUGCUGAAAUACUGUCAAAAGAACCUGCACUUUCACUAUUCCUCCAUGUUUUCUCGUACGCAACUAGCUGUCCUUGACCACAAUGAGACUGUGCGCCAUCAACAGGCCACAACCAGCACUGGCAAUAUUGUUUUCCCCAACAACUCCAAAGAGUGGGUGGUCAAAAAUCCAACUACCCCAAAUUUCCAAAAUGUUCUGGUUCAUAAAGUUCUACAGCGGCUCGAGGACCCCACUGUCCUGUUCCAGGACCAGUUUCUCUCAGUUGGAUCUUGCCCAACUACCACCAUAGCACAGAAACAAGCCAAGGAAGAAGCUAUUUCACUGCCUGUGUAGGUUUAGCAAGUAAAUCACUAUUAAACAUAUUCAAAACUUGAAGUGAUUGAAUUAUUUUCACCUUGAA